GUUUGCCUAUAUAUACCAUCUCUCAUUUCCACAAAAAGAAAAACACAAAUAACAAACUUUCUUGAUUUGAGAUAAUAAUUAUUGUUAUUCUAGACAUAAAAUGGGAAGAUCCAAAUAUUGUGAUGAAGAGGGAUUGAAGAAAGGUCCAUGGACACAUGAAGAAGACCAAAAACUAUUGUCUUUUAUUGAUAAACAUGGUUGUGGUAGCUGGAGGGGUUUGCCUGCUAAAGCUGGUCUGCAAAGAUGUGGAAAGAGUUGUAGGCUAAGAUGGAUAAACUAUCUAAGACCUGAUAUUAAAAGAGGAAAAUUUAGCUUACAAGAAGAAAGAACCAUCAUUCAUCUUCAUGCUCUUCUUGGAAAUAGAUGGUCAGCAAUAGCAACUUACUUACCAAGCAGAACAGACAAUGAGAUAAAGAACUAUUGGAAUUCGCGUUUGAAGAAGAGGUUAACCAAAAUGGGAAUCGAUCCAAUGACACACAAACCAAGUGAUGCGGGCUCAUCAAAAUAUGUUGCAAACCUUAGUCACAUGGCUGAAUGGGAAAGUGCAAGACUAGAAGCAGAAGCUAGGCUUGUUCGAAAAUCGAAAAUCCUCUUCAAUAACAACAACAAUACUCACAAUUACAACAUUAACCCUAGUACCAUUUCACAACAAUUACCUCAUUAUUAUCAACAACUCCCUUGUCUAGACAUAUUGAAAGCAUGGCAAAUGACUAGCACAAAAUUACCAACAAUAAAUGACAUUAGUCAUGCCAUUCUACGUAGUAAUUUGAAGAACAAGAAACUCGAUUCAUCGAUACAAUCAUCAACGUUAAAUUCUUCAGAGAAUAUUUUCGCGAAAGAUGCACCAACUACUACGAAAUUUGAUGUUGAUGAUGAUCAAAAUCUUCAUAAUUUAUCUACAAUCAACUCAUGUUUUGAAGAUGAUCAACUACUCCAAACAGAACUUCCAAGUUUCAUGCAGGAGUUUUCAGGGGUAUUUCCGGAAUAUACACAAAAUUCAACAAAUGGAUUACAAGUGGAUAAUAUUAUGGGAAGCUUCUAUGGAGAUUUUGAAGAUAACAAGUUAAUUAAUUGGAAUAAUUUCCCUAAUUAUUUAGUUAAUUCACCUAUUGGUUCUCCAGUAUUUUAAGUUCUACUAUAUAGCUAUAGAAAAUUGUACUUCUAAGAGUUUGAUUAGUUUUUUUUGUUUUAUUACAAAGAUUUUGUAUCUCUAAA